CUUGAGGAUGUAGCGUUUGUCUCGAGAAGAACAGAACAGACGAUUCCGUUUGGCGGCAGCGUGUGUGCGAAUGCUAGACGUUCGCAAUAAACAUCUGAUUAAACUAAUUUCUCGCUGCUCAGACUCGUUUCUCACAGUUUGUUCCUCUCGGCGGAAGACAUGGUGAAGCUGACUGCGGAGUUAAUCGAGCAAGCGGCGCAGUAUACCAACCCUGUGCGGGACAGAGAGCUCGACCUGCGCGGCUAUAAGAUCCCUGUGCUGGAGAAUCUGGGCGCCACACUCGAUCAGUUUGAUACCAUUGAUCUGUCCGACAAUGAGAUCAGAAAACUGGAUGGGUUUCCGCUGCUGAAGAGACUCAAAACACUGCUGCUGAACAACAACCGGAUCUGUCGAUUUGGAGAGAAUCUGGAGCAGGCUUUACCAAACCUGAAGGAGCUCAUUCUCACAAGCAACAACAUUCAAGAACUGGGUGAUUUGGAUCCUUUGGCGACUGUGAAAUCACUGACCCUCCUCAGUCUCCUCAGGAAUCCAGUUACCACCAAGAAACAUUACAGAUUAUAUGUCAUCAAUAAAAUCCCACAGAUCCGAGUUCUGGACUUCCAGAAGGUCAAACUCAAGGAACGGCAGGAGGCUGAAAAAAUGUUCAAAGGCAAACGAGGUGCUCAGCUUGCAAAGGAUAUUGCCAAGCAAACCAAAACGUUUACUCCAGGAGCAGCACUUCAGACCGAGAAGAAAACCGGACCAUCAGCUGCAGAUGUUGAAGCCAUCAAGAAUGCUAUUGCUAAUGCCACAUCACUGGCUGAAGUUGAGCGGCUGAAGGGAUUCCUGCAGUCCGGACAGAUCCCGGGACGAGAGCUGAGAUCAGGAGCGUCUGACAUGGUGGAGGAAGAGGAGGAGGAGGUCCAGGAGGAGAUGCAGGAGCCUGUGCCCAUGUUUGAGGACAUGGAGGGAGCAGAGGGAGAGAACCCAGACCAUGAAGACAUGCAGGAAGACGUGCAUAUGAACGGAUCGUAGAUGUGUUCGCGAUCGUUGUUGAUGUUUCAGAUGCAUUUAUGCUUUUUGACGCUGUGUUUGACUGGCCUCGUUUUUUUUUCUUUUUUGUAAAUUAAAGUACAUUAAACAUUUGUUAUUCGAUUAAAAAUGAUGUGAAUUUCCCCCCUCUGUUUAUGUAUAUCUGAACGUGGUCAAUCAUUUUUUGUUUAUUUUCUUUUUUCUAAUAUUUUGUGACUCAAAACUUGUGGCCAACGUUAAAGACUGGAAAAUUAAAAUAUAUUAAUUCCUUAUGAUUA